CUUUACCCCAUGCAACUUCUGAUGCCAUUCGGUUUCUAAGCUCGACACAGUCAAGCUGGAUGUUGGGCGGACUUCUUCUUACAACUGAGUAUCUUUUGGUCCCAAUGUGGUACAUAGUUCAGACACAGAUCAUGAAGGAAUAUCCAGCAGAACUAACAGUGGUUUUCUUCUACAAUAUAGUCGUGAGUGUACUUGCUGCGAUUGUGGGCGCUUUCAUGGUACCAGACCCGACCAAAUGGAAGAUUAGACUGGAUAUCUCACUUGCCUGGGCACUAAGAGUGAAGGGACCAGUCUAUGUGGCAAUGUUCAAGCCACUGUAAUCGGCAUAGCCGUGGCCAUGGGAGUUGUCAUCCUGGGUGAUACUCUCUACUUGGGAAGCAUCAUUGGAUCAACAAUUUUAGCCAUUGGGUUUUACACUGUGAUGUGGGGAAAAGCCAAGGAGAAGGAUGACAACCUUAAAGCUAGUGACUUGGAGUCCUCGACGUCUGAAAAGUUACCCUUGUUACAAGGUCGUAAAUGUGAAGACAUGCCAAACGAGUCAUGGGAUAGAUAAAAGUGUGUAGUUUGGUCAACUGUGUAAUGUAAAAUAUCUAUGCAUCGUGAAAGCGCUGCGAGAACUGAAACAUGUGCACUUAGGAACUAAGAUAUGUAUUAAAGUAGUUAAUCAAAUUGGGUGCAAGAA